UUAAUUAGUGACGAAACUUUUUUAUACCUCAGAUAUAUAUUUCUUUACACCUGCAAUCCAAUCGUCAUCUUAUUCGGCCUCGGAUCCAACAUUGUCAACAUAAUAGUCUUCACCAAAAUGGGGCUGAAGGACGGCGUGACCGUUUCCCUCUUUUCGCUCACCAUUUCUGAUUUUGCGUUUCUUUUGAUCAGCGCGAUAAUAACGUCGACAAACAUCGUUAUAAAUUUUCCCCAGGUGGCGCCGCAGACGAUCAAUCUCCCGGAUGUCGCCUACGCCAGCUUCUGGUACAGCAUGGUCUUCUACGACACGUCCAUGUUGAUUCGGGUCUACACCGCCGUGGCGCGUGCGUGCUGCGUGGCCAUUCCGUUGACCUUUAGAAACACGUUCACGAAGAGUGUUACCGUUUACUCCGUCGGUGGUGUUUUUAGUGCUGCACUCGUAACCCGCGUCCCGAUGCUGGCGUGCCAGGGUUUUCAGAGCGUCUUUGACGGCAAGACUAACAUCACGAAAUCGGUGCUUUACUUUACGUCCCUGAGGCCGGCAGCUUUUGCGGUUAACGACAUCGUCAACAGAAACAUCAUCACGUGGGGAGCCAUCAGCCUCGUUCUCACGUCCCUCUUUGUUCUGAAGUUUAAGCUCAUCGCCGCGGCUAAAUUUAGACACGGCACACAAUCGGGGCAAGGGAGAUCAGAAUCGAUAAACGAAACAAGCAACGGAAAAUUUCUACACAAACUAAAAAUCUCCUUAUCCUCCAGUGGGAAUUCAAACAGCUUUCUCGUCGGUAGAGAUCUCCAGGUGUUGAGGGUUGUGAUAAUCGUGUCCAUCAUAUUCAUCGUCUGCACGUCCCCACAAGCCGUGUCAGGUGUCGUAAGGCGACUGGUUCCCGAUUACAACACCGGGGGGCGAUAUGGGGAUGUGUUCCUGGUUACGUCUAUUAUAUUUGACAUCGGCUCCUACCUUAAUUCAAGUCUUAACUUUUUUGUCUAUUACAAUUUCAAUACUAAAUUCCGACAAGUCUCCAGAAGACUUUUGAUCAUAUCCAAGACAGGUGAAGAUUGA